AUGGACACCUCGGCGGAGGGAAACUCCCAAGGGAAUCCAGAGAACUUGAUCAGGAACCUUAGAAAUUUGACCCUGGACCCUACCAUCAGGCCCUCCUCACUCCCACUGGACUAUACCCCGCCACAGCAGAACCAAGACUGGAAUAUUGGGGCUGUACGGUCUGCCGUGACCCGGAGGCGGAGGGGCCCACGGACUCUGCUGAGCGUCCAGCAAAACCUGCAGGAACGGAUGUUACGGCUCAAAAAACAGUACCUGCGCCAGUUUCACCUGCCUGUGACAAGAACGAAGGCUUUUCAGUGUACCUGUAGUUACUGCAGGAGCCACAGGCAGCCUCCUGAGACGUCCAGCAUGGAAAAUCCUAAUGACAUGGAUUCCAAUUAG